UCGCAUGACCGAAGACGAUUUUUAAAUAAUUCUGUUGACAGGUCCGUAGCAACACAACGCUGCAAAAACAGUAAUCGAUAGACAAACAAAUACGUAAGAAUGUGAAUCCGUGUUCGCAUAACGAAGAUUUUCUAACCUCUCUGAUACAGGAUCAACAGUAUAAACAACGCCAGAAGCUGUAGUACCAUCCACAGUUAAAAUGUCCACUUCCAUACCAAGGUAACUCUUAAACAACAAAGGAUAAUUUUUGUAAAUGUUGUGAGACCAAUCUGAAUUUUCUUCCAUAUUGUGCAUAAAAUUUUCGACGCGAAGAUUAUAAAACGCGAAAUGGGUUUGAAUCAUAUAUAAUAUUCCCGUUGUUAAACUGGUGUCACUAUCAGAGUUUUGUCAGGCGAAUGGUUUGCCGCAAACCUAAAUCGCAACAUAACCUCAAGGGAAGUUAAUCUUGACGGUUUUGUUUAUAAAUGAACAGUUACUUGUAAAAUACAUUACAAUAAAACUGACGAUGGAAAAGUAAACAAUAAUGCAGUGAUUGUAUUGUUAAUUUAUAUUGUUACAUAAUUUAAAAAUGGUUGUGUACGGUGUAUAUAUCGUGUCGAAAUCGGGCGGAUUGAUUUUUAAUCACGAUCAUAAUGUUCCUCGAAUUGAAAAUGAAAAGACAUUCAAUUAUCCUCUGGAUAUCAAACUAAGUUACGAAAACAAGAAGAUUGUUGUUUCGUUUGGCCAGAAGGACGGAAUCAACGUGGGUCAUGUUUUAUCGGCAGUAAACGGCAGUCCAAUAGUAGGAAGGGAACUAGAAAAUGGAAAAGAUGUAUUUGAAAUGCUUGAGCAACCAGAAAAUUUUCCUCUGAUUCUUAAAUUUAGUCGUGCCAGGAUGACAACAAACGAAAAAAUAUUCUUGGCAUCCAUGUUUUAUCCUCUGUUUGCGAUUGCCAGUCAGUUGAGCCCAGAACCACGAUGUUCUGGAAUUGAAAUUUUGGAGGCUGAUACAUUCCGACUACAUUGUUACCAAACAUUAACUGGAAUUAAAUUCAUUGUUGUAGCAGAGCCUACGCAAAGUGGAAUAGAAAUUUUAUUGAAAAGGGUAUACGAAUUAUAUGCAGAUUAUGCUUUAAAAAAUCCUUUUUAUUCGUUGGAAAUGCCAAUCAGAUGCGAGUUGUUUGAAUCUAAUUUGCAAACUUUAUUAGAGAAUGUUGAAAAAUCUGGUUCUGGCAACGUUUGAUCAAUUAUGGUGUUAUCAAUAAAA